UUAGCGGCAAAAAACUACCAUCUAUUAUUGAACGCUGCAUGCUGGCCACCGUAAAUUAUUCGAUUCUUAUACCUUCUGCUGUCGUUAACUCCUAACAUUAAGCAAUGUCCGUAAACGCCCACUUUCGAGCUUAGACAGUUACAUACAUUUAAGUUUGGUGCUACCGGUACACCAUCGUGAACAGUUGAUUCAUCUAACGUCUGUCGAACUUCUGUGUCAUCGUUAAGUCGCAAUUUUGGCGAUCAAUAUAUUUCGAGGGGUAACUCAUAGAAGUUCGUGUUUGUACAGAUAGAAAAUUUGUGUGCAAAUUUGCUGUUUUCCUGACGGUCAAUUACGACUAUUUGUAGCAUUUUUAAAGAAAUCUCGAUGUAAGUCUGUGAUAAUAGUUCGCAAAGACGAAAAAGACUGUGGCGGCAAGGCAGAGGGCAACUAGUCUCAGCAGCAGCCCAAAUUCGCAGAUUAGACUGGAUUAUCACAGCUGUAGAAAUGAGGAGAAAUUAAACCAAAUUGAAACUGUUGGAUUUACUAGGCUUGAUUAGAGAGAAGUGCUUUUCGAGUGCAACGUCACAACUGGAGAGCGGCGACUACUAAGAGUUUUGCUGAAGCGCAACAGUUUCAUGCAGUGGCUAUACGCGGACAACCUUAGUGGACGUAAACAGUCAAUUUGCGAUAUAAUCAGAAAUGUGUAUAGACGCUAGUAAAGCGAUUGUGCUUUUCUAAAGUGGUAGUGUCACUUGGGUCACUUAGAAAAACGAGCAAGCCAAAGACAUGACAAAUGGAAAAAACACGGUCGGCACUAUGCGGCGAUGGAUUUCAUUAUGUCUCAUAAUGGAGCUCGCUGUUUCGACCAAUGCCGAGUGUGUAUUCAAGGGACAAUGUGACAUAUACCUUACUGUCAAGCCCUGCGUUUCCGAGGGUGACGACACAAAGCCGGAGCCGCUAAACUCAACCAGACUAUUCAAUGAAUUGCGGAAGUUUUGUUCGGACUUCGUUGAUCCUGAAGAACCUUUGUGCUGUGACUCUGUAUCAGCCCAGAAUAUAAUCAAUCAGAUGAAAACACUGGAUGCCGUCGUCGGGCAUUGUCCUUCCUGCUAUGUAAAUAUAGCAAGAAUCUUCUGUCAAAGCACAUGCUCGCCAAAUCAGCAUGAGUUUCUGAAUGUAACCAGCUGGACCCCUGUCAACAAAACGCGGUAUGGCAAUAAAGCGGUGUUGGGUCUCACCUACUACAUAUCAGAGGAUUACAUAAACAGUGCAUACGCAUCUUGCUCGACUGUAACUAAUCCACAGACUGGAUCAGCAUUAACACUGCUAUGUGGUAACUUUGGCGCUCUGUACUGCACACCGACCAACCUCUUGAAGUUCAUGGGCAGCUCGCCUUUCCCGUCUCCAUUCCAGAUCAACUUUAGUUACACAGCUCUGGAUCCGUUCAUUCCCUUAAAUGCAAAUGCAACACCAUGCAAUAAAAGUCCGUUUAACGGAUCAAGUCCCUGUCAAUGCGUCGACUGUAGUUCUACAUGUCCACCGUUCCCACUUCCCCCUCAAGAGUGUGACCUUUCGAUUUUCGGCAUCGAUGUAUGGUUCUUUACAUUGAGCCUGUUUUUCAGUGUAUUAGUUGUCGCUUAUAUCUCAACCCUUUGUGUUUAUCGUAGGCGACGAUCACUGUUGACCGCGUUAACCACUGCUACCUCUGAGUAUGAUGAAAUCGUCUCGGAAAUGAAUGACGGCGAAAAAGCCGAUAGACCCUGUGUUGUGAUGAGUGCGUUUGAGCGACUAGGAUACGUAUGCGCUAGUCGACCGUGGCUCGUGAUUUUGUUGGGUUUAGCUUGCGUCAUUCUAUUUUCCAUGGGUAAUUUGCGUUUCGAAGUGGUCACAGAUCCAGUUGAAUUGUGGUCAGUUUCAACCUCUCUCGCGCACACGCAAAGGGACUAUUAUAAUAAGCAUCUAGGCCCAUUCUAUCGAAUCGAGCAAGUGAUCGUUCGAAACAAAUAUGGAAAAUCAUUUAACUAUACUGAUACAGAAAGGAAUUUAGAGCAUGAAUUUGGUCCGGUCUUCGAGAGAAAAUUCUUUCUCGAUGUACUUCAUCUUCAGCAAGAGAUUAUGGCGCUGAAAGCGACUUUUAAAGACAAUAAGACCGUAGUCCUAGAUGAUAUCUGCUUUAAACCGUUAGGCGGGAACCAUAAGUGUGCCAUCCAGUCAGCAGCUAAUUGGUUCCAGAAUCAAGCUACGCAUAUUAUAAAUGGAACAAAAUACCUGGAGCAUAUUAUUGACUGUGUGAGCAGUGCAACCAUUACGCGAGAUUUCGAUAACGUACUUAAAAUCGGUUGUCUGGGCGAUUUUGGGGGUCCAAGCUACAGUUAUGUAGCACUGGGAGGUUACAACGGUACGGACGCACUGAAGGCCCGUUCGUUGAUACUCACCUUCCUGGUUAACAACCAUGUCAAUGAUUCAGACAACGCGCAAGCAAUCGCAUGGGAACGCGAAUUCGUUAAAUUCAUGAAGCGUUAUAACCAUUCUCACAUGGACAUUUCGUUCUUAUCAGAAAGCUCGAUCAACGACGAACUCACACGAGCAAGUGUUUCCGAUGUCUGGACUAUCGUGAUCAGCUACCUUUUUAUGUUCGCCUACGUAUCGUUUGCGCUUGGUCGCUACCGAACCUGGUCGACGGCUCUUCUAGACAGCCAGAUAACGCUUGGAAUCAUGGGCAUAUUGCUAGUUUUCGUCUCGGUAGCUGCCAGUAUUGGUAUCUUCAGCUUUUUCGGCGUUUCCUCGACGUUGAUUAUAUUCGAAGUUAUUCCGUUCUUGGUGCUGGCCAUUGGAGUGGAUAACAUCUUCAUUUUGGUACAAACGCAUCAGCGCACAACGCGCCUCGAUGGCGAAAGUGUCGAGCAACACAUGGCUCGUGUCCUUGGUAUAGUAGGACCUUCGAUGCUAUUAGCCAGUGCAAGCGAAUGCACUUGCUUCUUCCUUGGUGCCCUUACAGACAUGCCUGCAGUGAAGAAGUUUGCACUUUAUGCCGGUCUGGCAUUGCUCAUCGACUUUCUAUUACAGAUUACCGUAUUCGUGGCAUUUUUUACGCUUGACGUGCGUCGUCAAGAAGCUCGUCGUCUCGAUCUGUUCUGCUGCGUUACAUCAAAGAAGACGUCCGAGGAUAACACUAGAGAACAAUUCGAGGACUCUUGGUUAUACAGCUUUAUGAAAUGCAAAUACGCACCUCUACUUAAAGGCUCCAAGUAUAGAAAUGGCGUCUUUGUAGCCUUUAUCGCAUGGUUCUUCCUGUCAAUUGCUGUUAUCCAUAAGCUGGAUAUCGGUCUUGAUCAGGAAAUUUCAAUACCAGAAGAUUCCUAUCUGCAACAGUACUUUCUAUCGCUCAAAAUUUCUCUGAAUAUUGGUCCUCCACUGUAUCUGGUCGUUAAGGAUAAGUAUGAUUAUAACGAACCAACAAACCAGAACAUAAUUGGUUCGUUCCCAGGCUCCAGUGGAUACUCUCUCGUUAACCAGGUCAAACAAGCAUAUCUGAAUGCAAGUAUUACGUACGUCGCCGCGCCUGCAAUGUCAUGGAUAGAUGACUAUUUUGGUUGGAUUACAUCAUGCUGCAAAAACUGUAAUGGGAAUAAUAGCUUCACGAAGCACAUAAACGAUUUUCUUUCUGAGAAUCCCGACGGGUCAUGUGCCAGAGCGGGCCAUGCCGCAUAUAGUACCGCGGUAGAGUUGAAGAACACAACCGAUGGUUUUGAGAUCCUCGCCACUAGUUUCAUGACGUAUCAUUCGGUGUUGAAGACAAGCACGGAUUACAUUGCUGCUCUGAGAAUGAGCCGUUACUUAACCGACCGAAUUCAGGAAAAGGUUCGCGACAGCUACGUUGGGAACAAGAAUGACGUCGAAGUGUUUCCUUAUUCCGUCUUCUAUGUAUUCUACGAGCAGUAUCUAACCAUUUGGAGAGAUACAGCUAUCCAUUUGUUGCUGUCGUUUUUGGGUGUCUUGACUAUUACGCUACUGCUUACGCGGUUCCGUCUUUUGCCAACACUAGCCAUUUGCGUGACCAUCCUGAUGAUCGUCCUCGAUGUUAUGGGUAUCAUGUACUUCGCUGGAAUUGCGCUAAAUGCUAUCUCAAUGGUAAAUCUCGUAAUGUGCGUCGGGAUUUCGGUCGAAUUCUGUUCGCAUGUAACUAAGGCAUUUUAUAGUCGAAGCGAAGAGUUGCCUGUAGACAGGGCCGUUGGAGCCCUCACCGAGGUGGGCAGCUCGGUGCUGAGCGGUAUUACGAUGACCAAAUUUGCCGGAGUGUUGGUACUUGCCUUCGCCAAGAGUCAGCUAUUUGUAGUAUUUUAUUUUCGCAUGUAUCUUAGCAUUGUAUUGGUAGGGUCGGCUCAUGGGCUAAUCUUCCUGCCCGUCGUGCUGGCUAUGUUCGGUCCGACACUGAAACCUGUUUAGUGAGUACGUGACCGAAAAACACGUUUAAGUAAAUAACUUAGCAAACUAUAAAAAUAAUUAAUGCUAAAUGUUAUAAGUUGAUGCUAAUUUAUACACACAUCACAUGUGCAGGACAUGUUUACGGAUCUAGCCAUCCGUGAAGUUACUAUAAUGAUGCUUGGUCCCCAGGUGCUUGUCGAACUAACCAUUGACUUAUUUGGGAUUUGUUAUCGUAUUCGCUUUAGUCAGAUAUUCUCUAUUUCGUUUCAACUGUUUCAGAAGAUGCAUAUUCAACAAAAAAGAACUUAAAACCCAUUAACGCUUUUACUACUUGUAAUAUAAAGGGAGUAUCGUUAUACAUAUAAGAAAAACGCUUAUCUACAUCGGGCCGAAGCAAAAAUAUAUAAUUAUUGUCUCUGAAAUAGCUUUCUAGUGCAAAAGUAAAAUAACCACGAGAUUCUAUAAACAUUUCUACACACUAUUUCUAUAUGUGUCGCUAAAUUUGCUUAUAAAUUCGUAUAAAAUCAUAUAAUUAAUAAUUAAAUGAAAUUAGCAGCAAAAAAAAA